UCUAAAAGCAUUGGGUACCGAAGGAGAAGACAAAACGGAAUUAGGAGAACCAAUUAGACAAGAACUUGCAGACAGAUGGACAAAAAUACUGACAACAGGUCUGGGAAAAGAUGCCAGAGACGCUUUGAUUAAAAAAUACCCCACUCCCAAAAACUUCCCAGGUGCAGUUGCACCAAUUUUAAAUCCAGAAGUGGCCGCCUCUUUCUCAGACACUUCUUUAAAAAGAGAUAAAAGAAUUGUUUUUCGACAAAACAUGACAGGAAAGGUAAUGACUUCGCUCGGAAGAGCAUUGACAAACAUAUUUAAGGGCGACAUAAACACAAAAUCUCUGAUAGAACAAAUUAAUGAUGCAGCAAAAAUGUUAGCAGAAAUUUAUCACCAGGAUUCAUCAUCUAGGAAAUUUUUUACACUACCAAGUACAACAAAGACUAUACAAGAAGCUCUUAAAAAUACAAUUCCAGAUGAAUAUCUUUUCGGAAAAGAUUGUAUGGAAAAAAUAAAUGCAGCUCAGAAGAUACAGAAAACAAGUAAUCAAAUACGAGUUCCUGAAAAGAAAACACCUAGUACAGCCAAUAAAAAACGGGGAAACUGGAAAAGCCCACUGCCACAACAACAACCUCGCAGUGGGCCACUAUCACAAUACCCGAUCAAGAGACAGAACCCUCUACGCCGCUUAAACCAGCCCCACUUCAAUCAACCUCGCCAGAAAUUCCAGAGACGAUCCCCACCGAAGUCGAGACCCCGAUACCACAAAUAAAUACACAGACAUGUACACCCACUACAUCGACAAAUUACCCUGGCAGCAGGGCUGUUGUCAGCGAAGCGUAUGUGAGAAGAGGAACUCCGGCCUCCGCAAUUCCUGUUAUGCUAAAUUCUCUCGCCAACAACUCAAUGAAACAGUACGACACAGCAUUAAAAUCCUGGUGGUAUUUUUGUGAACAGCAAAAAAUAAGCCCUUAUGAAGCCCCAGUGCCUAAUAUUCUAACAUUUUUAAAUGAAAAAUUUAAUAAUGGCGCCAUAAAUUCGACAAGGUCCGCCUUAUCACUUAUAAUAGGACAACAAGUUGGAAAUGAUGAAAGAAUCAAAAGAUUUAUUAAAGGAGUCUUCCGAUCAAAACCUCCUAGACCAAAAUACAAUUUUACCUGGGAUCCUGGUUUAGUUUUAAACCAUGUAGCCUUAUGGUAUCCACAUGUGGAUAUAAGCUUGGAAAAACUAACUAAAAAGUUAGUCACUAUAUUAGCAUUGACGACGGGACAUAGGGUUCAAACCCUGUCCUUAAUUAAACUAAAUAAUAUUAAGGUGGUUCAUCAAGGAAUUCAGAUACAUAUUCCGGAUAUCAUAAAGACUACAAAACGAGGUGCCCUACAACCAAUGUUACAUCUAAAAACUUACAACAAUAAAAUAGAAAUCUGCCCAGUUCAUAUCAUAAGAUCCUAUAUAAAUAUCACACAGUCCAUAAGAAAAGAUAUUCAAAAUUUGAUUAUUACAUAUAAAAAGCCGCACAAAAAUGCGUCUUGUCAAACUAUAAGCCGUUGGACAAAGACUACUAUAGAAGAAGCUGGUAUAGAUAUGACCUCUUUCACGGCCCACAGUACCCGACAUGCAUCAACUUCAGCGGCAAAGAGGUCUGGACUUAAUAUAGAAGACAUAAGGAAAACUGCAGGCUGGUCUCAAAAUUCUGAGACCUUCGCCAGAUUCUAUAACCGCCCUGUAAUAAAUGAUCCGUCGUCCUUUAGUACUGUUGUGUGUCAGACAAUUGAGAACUAUAUAUAAAAUAUGGUUCUUAAUUGUCUUGCACACAAAUUAUUUAAAAUUAUUUAAAAUGUGUAAGUGAAUGUUUAUAGCAUAAAAUAAUUUAAAAUAAAAAUAAAGAAUGUAAAUCUUUAUGACUAUGUAACAUAGACUAUUCAUUCACAACCCUAGCUUCAA